AUGGCUUCUCUUCAGGAGGAAGUCAAGGGCCUGUACGAGAAGGUUGCUGAGAAUCAGAAAGUUGAAGAGGCACUUAAGAGCACCACAGCAGAACUUUCAGCAGCUAACGAAGAGUUGGCCGCUUCAAAAUCACAGCUGUUGGACGUAGAGCAGAGACUUUCUUCAAAGGAUUCUCUCAUCAGCAAACUGACCCAGGAAUUGGACCUAAAGAAAGCUUCAGAAUCUCAGGGGAAGGAAGAUUUCUCAGCUCUUGAGAAUUUGCUCACUGCAACUAAAGAUGAUCUUCGAGCAAAGGUUUCCGAGUUGGAAGGCAUCAAGUUGAAGUUCCAGGAGGAAAUCAACACAAGGGAAUCAGUUGAGGCUGGGUUGAAAACCCAUGAAGCACAGGUCUUGACUGUACGGGAAGAAUUGGCUAAAGUAAUUAAAGAAAAAGAAGCUCUAGAGGCAGCCAUGGUGGAUCUCACUAGUAAUGCAGCAUUGAUGAAAGAAUUGUGCAGUGAACUUGAGGAAAAGUUGAAAAUUUCAGACGAGAAUUUCAGUAAAGCAGAUUCUCUUUUGUCCCAAGCUUUGUCGAACAAUGGAGAGCUAGAACAGAAGUUGAAGUCUCUGGAAGAUGUCCACAAUGAAUCCGGAGCUGCUGCAGCUACUGUUUCUCAAAAGAACCUGGAGCUUGAGGAUUUAAUCAAAGCUUCAAAUCAAGCAGCAGAAGAAGCAAAAUCACAACUGAGAGAGCUUGAGACACGGUUUAUUGCAGCAGAGCAGAAGAAUGUGGAGCUUGAGCAACAGUUGAAUUUGGUCGAACUAAAAAGCAGCGAUUCUGAGAGAGAGGUGAGAGAAUUCUUAGGGAAAAUAUCUGAACUCAGUACUGCUUUGAAAGAGGUCGAGGAAGAAAAGAAGCAAUUAAGUGGCCAGAUGGAGGAAUACCAGAAAAAGAUAAGCCAACUUGAAUCUUCCCUGAAUCAAUCAUCAUCUCGGAAUUCAAAGCUUGAGGAGGAGUUGAAAUUUGCAAAAGAAAAAUGUGCUGAGCACGAGGACCGAGCAAAUAUGCACCAUCAGCGCAGCCUUGAACUUGAAGAUUUGUUCCAGACAUCUCAUUCCAAAGCGAGUGAGUUGGAGCUGUUGCUUGAAGCAGAAAAGUACAGAAUCAAGGAACUUGAAGAGCAGAACAGUGCAUUAGAAAAGAAAUGUGUGGAUGCAGAAGCAGAUUCCAAUAAACACUCUGAUAAGAUAUCUGAACUAGCCUCUGAAAUUGAGGCACACCAAGCAAAGGCAUCAAGCCUUGAAGUUGCAUUGCAAAUGGCCAGGGAGAAGGAGAAAGAGCUAACAGAACUACUGAAUUUGGUCACUGAUGAAAAGAAAAAGUUGGAAGAGUCAUCAAGCAGCUCCAAUGAGAAGCUGACAGAAGCUCAGAAUCUCGUGGGAGUGUUGCGUAAUGAAUUAACCAUUAUGCAGGAGAAGUUGGAAAGCACUGAAAACGAACUAAAGGCUGCUGGAUUGAAAGAAAGUGAUAUAGUGGUGAAGCUCAAAUCUGCAGAGGAGCAACUUGAGCAGCAAGAAAAGUUAUUAGAUGAAGCCACUACACGGAAGUCAGAGCUAGAGUCAUUGCAUGAAACCCUAACAAGGGAUUCAGAAAUUAAACUUCAAGAAGCAUUAGCAAACUUCGCCAACAAGGAUUCUGAGUCAAAAUCCCUGUUUGAGAAAUUGAAUACCCUUGAAGAUCAAGUAAAGACAUAUGAAGAGCAAAUAACUGAAGCAACUGGAAGGUCUGCACGUUUGAAGGAAGAAUUGGACGUGUAUUUGUUAAAAAUGGCAGCUUUGGAAACCUCCAAUGAAGAACUCAGAAGUCAGAUUGUGGAAGCAGAAACUAAGGUUUCCAACUCCUCCUCAGAAAAUGAACUCUUAGUUGAGACAAACAAUCAGCUAAAAAGCAAGAUCAAUGAACUUCAGGAAUUGCUAAAUUCUGCUAUUUCUGAGAAGGAAACAACAUCUCAACGACUUGCUUCUCACUCAAGCACCAUCACAGAAAUAACAGACAAGCACUCAAGAGCCAUAGAACUCCAUUCUGCAACUGAGUCACGAUUGGUGCAAGCUGAAACACGAUUAAAAGAGGCCAUUCAGAGCCUCUCUUUGAGGGAUGCAGAAACAAAGGAUUUGAAUGAAAAACUAAGUGCACUUGAAGGGCAAGUAAAAUUGUAUGAAGAACAGACUCAUGAAGCAUCUGCAAGCGCUGAAUCUCGAAAAGUAGAGCUGGAAGAGACUCUCCUCAAAAGUAAACAUCUGGAAGCCAUUGUAGAGGAACUGCAAACCAAGUCAGGUCACUAUGAAAAAGAGAGUGGAGGGCUAGCUGAGGCGAAUUUGAAGCUCACUCAGGAGCUGGCCUCAUAUGAGUCCAAAAUCAGUGAAUUAGAGCCAAAACUGUCUGCAAUCCUUUCCGAGAAGGAUGAAACUGUUGAGCAGCUUCACAUUUCGAAGAAGGCUGUAGAGGAUUUGAGACAGCAGCUCACUGUUGAAGGGCAGAAACUACAGUCUCAGAUAUCUUCAGUUAUGGAAGAGAAUAACCUGCUCAAUGAAACAUAUCAAAAUGGAAAGAAGGAACUUCAGUCAGUGAUCAUCCAGCUUGAAGAAGAAUUGAAAGGACUGAAGGUGAAUGAAGAUACCUUGAAAUCUGAGAUUGGAAGUCUCAAGGCUGAGGUUGCUGAGAAGUCAGCAUUGCAAACUUCUCUCGAGGAACUUGAAAAACAAUUAACCAUUGCCGAAGCUGAACUAAAGGAACAGAAAAAAGCACAUUCUCAAAAUGAGAUUGAAAAAGAAGCAGCUCUGAAGAAAUCCCUUGAAGACCUUGAGGCCAAGAACAAAGAAGUUGCACAUCUAGAGAACCAAGUCAAGGAACUUCAACAGAAACUGCAAGUGACUGAUGCUAAAAUAUUAGAAAAGGGCGAUGCAAGCAAUCCAGCUGAACAGGAAGGAGUAGAGAUCAAAUCCAGAGACAUUGGUGCCGCCAUUUCAGCACCCACAAAAAGAAAGAGCAAGAAAAAGUUAGAAGCUGCAUCUGCACAACCCUCAUCCUCUUCUGAUCAGACCCAUACUCGAAUCGCAGAUGUUUCAACUUCCAUGUCCUUUCAAUUCAUCUUGGGAGUUGCAUUGGUAUCUAUCAUCAUUGGUGUAAUUCUUGGGAAGCGUUAUUAG